AUGUGUAGAGGAGACGGUGUGGCACGUGGCGGUGUCCCAGGCGCGCCUGGGGACGCUCGAGGAGACGGCGCUGGACGCGCGCCGCCUGCGGACACUCGUCCUGGUCGCCUGCCGCCUGCACCGGAUGGAGCCCGCAGCACUCGUCAUAUUCUGCGGACUGUACACAUUCCCGCAGACCAUAGGUUGGGUAACGCUGGUGUGGAUGAUGAUAAACUUAUUCUUUUCUACUUGAUUUUCAUCUCUUCCCUCAGAUCGAUGGAAAACACAUUGGCGUCAUUAGAUUUAGGACACAAUGAGUUUACGGAAUUGCCGCUGGAGGCUAUACGAGAACUGAAAGUCUUAAACUGGUUAAAUCUCCAAAAGUAA